AUGCAUCACGCAAUCAUCCGUCCGACAAGCCCAAGAAGUCCUACACUUGACACAGUCGACAGCAGCAAGACAUGGCACCAGACUGGGCCGUAUGAUCUUGAAUCUGCCUCCGCUGCCUCUCAGACCCGCACAGUAUUUACGCUGCCCGCGUGGGAGGAGUCAAGGGACAAGCAGGCCAACGACCAAACUGUAAUGGUCGGGACAGGACCGAGUCAUAGUGAGAGACAGUCUCUCGAAGCUGUCCAAACCAUCGAAACUGAAGAGCGUACUGAAGAUGACAGCGCUCGGGAGCGAGCAGACCACCAACAGUCCGCGCCCCAGUAUGCCAGCAGCUCGAGAUACUCUUCAUUUUCAGACAAGAGCGUGCGUGAUGGCCAGCAACAAGGCGUGUACCGUCUUGAAAACAUCAGACUACAUUAUGUGAGCACAGAAGCAGCUGAGCAGGAUGCCACUGCCAUGGGAGCCCAAACAAGCGAGAUACAAGACCAGAGCAAGCGUAGGGAUGUGUUAUUUGGACUGUGGAACGAAAUAUCGUGCGAUUUCGCGGCCAAGGCCAGGCUUCUGCGCUUCGAUUCGCGACUGGCGGAGAGCAGCCGGGCGCCACUCGCAGUGGCCCUUGACCAAAUGGAGGCAUAUCACUUCCAGGUCGUCAAAUACUGCAUGAUGCAUGUAGAUGGCUUUCUGGAUUGCGGCUUCAACUGCUUUUUGACUGAAGAGAAAAGAGAAGAGGACAUUGCGGACAGCCCCGAAAAAGCAAAAGACCAGGAUUGCACAUUGAGCAGCAAUCAAGUCUGUACAAGAACUCAAGCUUUGGGACUGGGUGUCGAUUGUUGCGCUCACCACUUGGUAAAGGAUUCACCCAAGGCUGGCCAUGAGGUGUACAGCGAAGACGGGGACCAAGGGCACGUCGUUUUUGGGAACAGCCCUGAAGGGACCAGCAACGAUGGAAAAGGAGAAACACCUUCGAGAUCUGGCACAGGGGGCCAAACCACAGCGGAUUCACGCCAGUCCUCGAUUGCCAUGGCCACAGAAAACUCGGGUACCAUUCCUACCUCGGUGGAGACGCAUUUUUCUGCAGUGUCUCGCGAUGGCAUUUCGACGAACCGUGAGGUGUCCACAAUAAGUGACCAUUCACCAGAAGAAGCCAGAAACAGCGAGCGAUUUUUGGAAAAAGAAAAACCAGCAUGUCCCACGCUGGACCAGGCUUCUGCGCGUUUCACUCGCUCAGGCUCGUCAGUGAGCGCACUUGAUCACUGCAUGACAACAACGAUGCGAGUGAAGCGACUUGAGGCAGUAAUCCUGAGCCUUGACCGUGCCUGCUCCCAGGUUAGCGAGAUGAACGACCUGAUGGGAGAAAUAAAUCGGAAGCUGCGCAGCAACUACCACGUACUCCCCGUCGGUGUCCGGAACAUGUUCAGCCAGGGACUCGCGGCAAAGUCGGCAAAGCUCAGCCAGAUCGGCAGCAAAUUUUGUCACCGGAUGGGUUGCGAGGAAAAAAGAAUCGAACUGGUUUUGGCAUCGGUUGCUGUUCCACCAGAGGUCCAGAGUAUCGACCGAACUGAAGCGGACUCAGGAUCUCGUGACCACCAGAGACGUAGCCGUAUGCGUCCUCUGAAGCCAAAAAUGCAUGGAGCCCUGUCGGUGAACUCUGAAGUGGCGGAUAGGCGUGAGGAUCGAGGCUUGGCGCAAUUACUGAAGCUUUUGCCUGCGCUGAACUGUCUUGUCACAACGAGGCGGAACUAUAUGAUUGAUCAUACGGCUUAG